CCCAAUCCUAACAAGGACCCGACAGGCUGUUUGUUGGGGGCACCAACCUUCCGGUAGCCGGUCACCAUCCUACCAAUACUGCAUCACACUCCGAUCUUCAGCAUCCGUCGUCGUUGCCACUUCCUCGUCGUCAUCUUUUUCUUCGUAAUCCUACAUUUUAAUGGCGCUGAAAUGAAUCUUGUUCUGAAAAAACUCAAAAAAUUUAGAGUUUUUAGAACUCUAUUGUGUUCAAAUUUCAACAUCAAUGGCCAACUCUUCUUCCACUGCUCCGCCGCCAUCGACCUACCCUCCGUGGAUGAUAGACAAACCUCAUGGCGAAGACGACAACGACGAGGGCGUUGUGGACAGCAGGUGCGCUUCUUUAAUGGCAGCUCUCUGCCCCUGUCUCGUCUGCUUCAUCCUCAUCCUCAUCGCAGUCUCCAUCGUCCUCGUUGUCAAAUUCCACAUCUUCUGUCACACCCCUUUUCACUCUCUCUCCUCCCUCUUCUACAAGAAAAAGUGUUAGCCCCAGCACCAAACCCUAGCCUUGUCAAUUCUAGAAUCCCACUAUUCCCCAAUCAUGAUUUGCACGCAAAAUCGUUAUAUUUGAAUUCUAGAGGUUUCUGUAGGGUUUCAGAUGUAGAUGGAGAUGAUUCCGAUGCUGAGUCGGACGCUGAUGGUGUUGAGAGCGAAGGUGAUAAUGUUAGGUCGGAGGUGGAUCCGAAAGAGGUUGAUAGGGUCUGUAAGGUGAUCGAUGAAUUGUUCGCAUUGGAUAGGAACAUGGAGGCGGUUUUGGAUGAUAGUGGAAUCAACUUGACUCACGAUUUGGUUGUUGAAGUAUUGGAACGGUUUCGGCAUGCCAGGAAGCCGGCGUUUCGGUUCUUUUGCUGGGCAGGACAGAUGCCUGGGUUUGCUCAUGAUUCAAGGACAUAUAACAAGAUGAUGGCGAUAUUAGGGAAGACAAGGCAAUUUGAGACCAUGGUUUCAGUGCUUGAAGAAAUGGGUGAGAAAGGGCUUCUCACAUUGGAGACAUUUAAGAUUGCCAUUAAAGCUUUUGCAGCUUCCAAAGAGAGGAAGAAAGCAGUUGGAAUUUUCGAGUUGAUGAAGAAGUACAAGUUUAAAAUUGGGGCUGAUACUAUCAAUUGCUUGCUAGAUGAACUUGGGAGGGCAAAGCUUGGGAAGGAAGCUCAAGCUUUGUUUGACAAGUUGAAAGAGAGGUUUACCCCGAAUUUAAGGACCUACACAGUGUUGCUAAAUGGUUGGUGCAGGGGGAGGAAUUUGAUGGAGGCGGGGAAGGUAUGGAAUGAGAUGAUUGAUAAAGGUUUUAAGCCUGACAUUGUUGCCCAUAAUACACUGCUGGAAGGUUUGUUAAGGGGUAAACAGAGGUGUGAUGCAAUCAAGUUGUUUGACGUUAUGAAAGCCAAGGGCCCAACUCCUACUGUUCGAAGUUAUACAAUCUUAAUUAAGGAGUUCUGCAAGCAAACAAAAAUGAGAGAAGCUGUUGAAUACUUCGAGCAGAUGCUUGGUUCUGGCUGCCAGCCAGAUGCUGCUGCUUAUACUUGUUUGAUUACAGGCUUUGGGAAUCAGAAAAAGAUGGACAAAGUCUAUGGAUUAUUGAAGGAGAUGAAAGAAAAAGGAUGUCCACCGGAUGUGCGUUUAUACAAUGCCCUGAUCAAAUUGAUGACAAAUCGGCAAAUGCCAGAUGAUGCGGUUAGGAUUUACAAAAAGAUGGUUCAAAGUGGAUUUCAACCAACAAUACACACUUAUAACAUGAUGAUGAAAUCUUACUUCGUGACGAAAAAUUAUGAAAUGGGUUGUGCAGUUUGGGAGGAGAUGAGUCGAAAGGGGUGUUGCCCUGAUGAUAAUUCUUAUAUUGUUCUCAUUGGAGGGCUUAUAAGACAGGGAAGAUCGGAGGAGGCUUGUAAAUAUUUAGAGGAAAUGAUAGAAAAAGGAAUGAAGGCUCCUCAACUUGAUUACAACAAGUUUGCUGCUGAUUUCUCAAGAGCUGGCAAACCUGAUGUACUCGAGGAGUUGGCUCAAAAGAUGAAGUUUUCAGGGAAGUUUGAGACCUCCAAUUUCUUUGCAAGAUGGGCUGAGAUGAUGAAGAAAAGGGUUAAAAGAAGAGAUCCUGUUACAGCUGAGAGGUAAUGUGCUUGAGUUACUCGCUGAAGAAUAAUAUUUUUGUGGUCUUUACAUGGCACUUGGACCUUGGAUUAACUACUAUCGCUUGUUCAAGCACUCAACAGAAGAAGAUUUACCCCUAUCACAUGUUGUUUGGGCAAAUUGAGACCCGUAGUUGUCUCAAUUGUAUUUGUUUCUUGUUACAACCUUAUUAGUAUUUCAAAAUUUUAUCAAUUUAUCCGUUGUUGUGGUGUGCCAUUUGACAUUUACUUCUGUGCAAUAUAAACCAUUGUUUGUCACUGUUUCA